AAAGGGGGAGAUUGAAAGCAUUAAGGGGAAGAUUCAUGGCAAUGUGAAACCUCAUGCAAGAAAAGAAUGUUCUAGCUUAAGGCACUACAUGGCUUGUUGGAUUGCCCUAGAACUUAAAGCAUUGAGGGGAAGAUUGACGGCAAUGUCAAACAUGUCCCUACAUUCUCAAGAGAUGAUUUUGAUGAUGAUUCAAGUCAAUAACAUUCAUACAUCAAGUAAGUCCAACAUGAUUCCUGAAGACUAG